AAUUCCGGGAGUCAGGUCUCGCAUACAUUUUAGGAAGUGUUUUGCGGUGUAACGCUUCCACGUUUUAUGUCAGGGAGGAAGUCGCACAGGAGCAGUAACACCCUGGUUGACCUCAUACAUAUUAUAGCCUACAGCAAACCACCACUGUCACAUGAUCCGACUACAGCCUCACCAUCUUUCAAACACUGCAGAGCAACUACUCCCGGGACUACAGCCUAUCUGUUUGGAGGUAAGAUGACUUCUCAAAGUGCAAAGACGUUGCUCACACUGGAUGCUGAAGCAGUCGCCUCACUCAAAGAGGGAAUCAAUUUCAAUAAAAGCCAAGAGGACGGGAAAUGUUACAUCAUAUACAAGAACAACGACGGCCUUAGAGCAUGCAAGAAUCAAUGCAAACACCAAGGAGGGUUAUUCAUCAAAGACAUCGAAGACCUGGAUGGCAGGACUGUUAAAUGCACCAAACACAACUGGAAGUUGAAUGUGUCAUCAAUGAAAUAUGUGAAUCUACCAGACAGCUUCUUGCAGGACGAGCUUGAUGUGGACAUUUUGGAUGAUGGGGGGCUUCAGCUGGUUGAAUUGAGCCCCAUGGACCCCUGGCUGGCUGACCCACGAGAGCCUCAGGAGCUCCAGGAAGGAGAAGUGAAGGUGACAUACAUGACCCACGCCUGCAUGGAGGUGCAGCUGGGCCAGAAGCGGUUCAUGUUCGACCCAUGGUUGAUAGGUCCUGCAUUCGCCAGAGGUUGGUGGCUUGUCCAUGAGCCUCCAGCAGACUGCCUGGACCAGAUGUGUACAGCAGAUUUCAUCUACAUCAGCCACAUGCACUCGGACCACCUUAGUUACCCCACACUGAAGGUCCUCUCAGACAGGAGGCCAGAUACCCCCAUUUUUGUCGGUGACACAUCAAGACCUGUCUUUUGGGCUUUGGAGCAAAGCCAAGUCAAGCUGACCAACAUCAACGUCGUCCCUUUUGGAGUCUGGCAAAACCUUGACGAGCACCUGAGAUUUAUGAUCUUGAUGGACGGCGUGCACCCUGAAAUGGACACCUGCAUCAUUCUGGAAUAUAAAGGUCACAUGAUCCUGAACACCGUUGACUGCACCAGGCCAAACGGGGGCAGGCUACCAGAGAAAGUGGAUCUAAUGAUGAGUGACUUUGCCGGGGGGGUGUCUGGAUUCCCCAUGACCUUCUGUGGCAGGAAAUACAACGACUCCUGGAAAGCAGGGUUCAUCAAGAAUGAAAGGAAGAAGCUUCUGAAUUACAAAGCUCAGCUGGUGAAGUCCUUGGAGCCCAGGAUCUACUGCCCGUUUGCUGGCUACUUUGUGGAGGCUCAUCCAUCAGACCGGUACAUCAAAGAUACCAAUGUAAAAAACAAGGCAGAGGAUCUAAACGCACUCAUCAAUAAGACCGCACCAGACAUCAAGACAUGGACGCCCAAGCCAGGCGCUGUGCUGGACCUCGGCCUUGCCCUCAAGGAUCCCACCAACAGUGCGGCCAUCACCAAUCCCCCUGCCAAUGCAAAAAUCUACAAGGACAGCUGGGACUUUGACUUGUAUGUGGAUGAACUGAACAGUGCCAUUGGCAGUGAGAUAUUUAGACAUCGACGCUGGAUCCAGUUUUAUUACACCUGGGCAGGCUUUCAAAACUACAACCUUGUUGUGCGGAUGAUUGAGACAGAUGAUGACUUUGAGCCCAUCGCUGACAGCUACGACUACCUGGUGGACUUUAUGGAUCUGUCGUAUCCCGCCAAGAGGCCUGACAGAGACCACGCCUACGUGGAGGUUAAAAAUAGAAUCGGGGUGAUGAGAUCAGUGGUGCUGCAUGGCCGUCUCUGGGACGACCUGUACAUCGGCUUCCAGAACCGCAUUAGCCGAGACCCGGAUGUCUACCACCACAAGUUCUGGAACCACUUCCAGACAGAACUACCAUUUCGCAAGCCAGACUGGGACCAGUUCCUACAGCAGGUUCCAGCAAUCGAAGAGCCAGAGACACAGAGUUCCUGUAAACUGUCAUGAACAUGCUUGUUUCACAUAUGAAGAUCAAGUAACUGAUUUUGUUAAGUUCACAACAACUGACAGUACAUGACAGCCGAUUAUUCCAACGUCCUUGAUUUUUUACUUUUCCAUCAAUAUUAAUUCAAUUACUGGUAAACUUUUUCUUGGGUGAUAACACUAAUGGAGUUUAAAACAGAAAAAAAUGGUGCCAUCAACGGCCAUUGUCAACAGACUGUUGUCAUAGAGACAGGAUGGACGCUUCAUGCAAACACUCCCGAGCGCACAGCCAGCGCUCUUCUGCCCUGAAAAAAUGCUAGAUUGACACGGGGCCUUAGGGAACUUUCCUAUGGUCAUAGUCCCUGCUAUGGUUUAACGUUUGCAAACCCUCGGGCGCCCCAUACUGGCCUGGGGCCCUGAGCUGUUACCUGCCUUGCCUUUUGACAAGCAGCACCUCUGGGUAAUCCACUGGAGAGGCAGAGUAGUCUUUAAGCUACAUCUCAAAAAGUCUGAGUGAUUUGAUAAAAAGGAAUAUCCAAAUAUUUACACAAUACACUUUAAAAUACUCUUGUCAUUUCAUGAAGGGGAAAAAGAUUUUGACAUGUAAAUACCUGUCCUAAAGAAUAUAUAUAUUUUUGGCAUUGUAUUUAAUGUAACAAGAGAAUUUUUUAGGGGGACAUGGGAGCAGGUUUCCAUGUCAGAGAAACUGAAGCUUCAGUGUUUAGCCAGCUCUGCAUCAGUCUGUAAACCUUUCUGCAUUCUAACCUCUCUCCAUUUUUCAAAAGCAUCUCCAAUAUUGAUCCUAGUUUGAGCACGUUUCUGAAACGGCCGUGUGGGGGUGCCUUAAAACCGCCUACCUUCUCUGGUCAAAACAAAUCCAGAGCAUUCAGGAGCAGAAUCUAAAGUUAGAAGGAGGACAUACUGGCUGCUGCAUUGUUGUGAGAGAAGCCAGCACUUCAACAUAACAUAAUUCUUUAAUGUCUGAUCAUAUAGUAAGGUCACUUUAUCAUUUAAUUCAGUAGAUAUCUUACAGAUUGGACCUUUCAUAAUUACAGUUUGCCAUUUUAAAUUCUGCUCAGUGCACUAUAUUUCUUUCUUUUUUGCGCCAAAGACUGUGUGAUCUGAUAUUACUACACACUGUACUGCCUAUCUUCUUAUAAUAAAUUCUGACUUCAAAUUAAA